AUGGCCGAUACGGCGCAGGGCCAUGUAGCGGCGAAGAAUGGAUCAGAGACGAAAAAGCGAAAGAGGAAUCGCAAGUCGCAUCCGGAUAAGAAGUUUGAAUGCCAGCACGAGGGCUGCGGGAAGAGUUAUUCGCGUGCGGAGCAUUUGCAUCGCCAUCAAUUGAACCAUACCCCAAAGCAAAUCUAUCGCUGCGAUUUCCCCGACUGCUUCCGCUCGUUUGUCCGCCAGGAUCUGUGCAUGCGUCAUCGCGAACGACAUACAACCCAUGGCUCGCAGCUGCACAAACGCGACAGCUUCACACAGGCGUCAGGGCGCCCGAUAAUCUCUUCUUCGUCACCCCAGCCGCUGCACGCGCAGGAUGAGAAUGCCCCGUCGUCCACCAACAUCGCGGCUAUUCUGUCACCGACAUCUACGACGUCCAAGUCGGCAGUGCCCCCGUUUGAAACGCCAGCGGUAUCGAAGGAAUCUUAUGCAUCGGCGAGGUUUGGUGGGGAGACUAGGACCCCACCAAAGACACAGCAGACUGGUGCUUUGUAUGGGUCUGGAUCGGCAUAUGGCUCUGGGUACCGGAGUACGGCGUUCAGUCCAGGUGGUCUGCGUGAUCCGUCGAAUACAGUGACUGCAGGGGCGUCAUAUAUGCCCUCGGAUGGGUUGGCCGGUAGUACUAGUCCAAGCAUAGGCUCAGCAGCGGCAUACAUGUCGCAAGUGCCUCAUGGGUUGAGCGUGCCGGAUCUCAGCUACUCGAGCGUGGACAUACCACCGCCAACGGCACAGUACGGGACUACAGGCAUUGACACAGUAUCUGCAGCCAUGGUUCCUGAAGCGGGUGCUGAGGGCGAGGUCGGCUUCGAUUCCUCAUACCCUUAUCCAGUGUUCGGCGGGGAGACGUACGAUAGAUCACCGUUUGCUAUGGCCGACGACUUUGCAGCAUGGCUUUUCAAUGAACCCACCGGCCAUUCUCCCGUCAAUUACUCGAAUAUUAUUUCAGGCUAUACGGAUGUACAACAACAGCAACAACAAACAAACUCAGUGCCCUUCCUCCCUACAGAUCCUUCACCAUACCAUCAUCCUUUCCAGCACAACAACCUUGUUUCUUCACAGCACCCCAUGAGCGUAACCAGCAUCGUGGAAUCAACGCCACCAGAGGCCGUAAUAUCAGAGGAGAAAAGGCAGGAUCUGCUCCAUUUGAUCAGCACUCGAUUCAACGAAACGGCACAUUCGGCAGUGCACACGAGAAAGGACUUGCUGAUGGAAGGAAACAUCGAUGCCGAUGACCAUAUCCUGAGUCUGCGGAUGAUGCAAACGUACGUGGGCUCAUAUUGGCUCCAUUUCCAUGCUCAACUCCCAAUCUUACACAAACCCACAUUCGUCGCAGACCGGACCCCGUCGUUACUGCUGCUCUCUCUCAUGGCCAUCGGGGCAGCCAUGCUGGAGAAGAUGCAUGGACAGGCCAUCACCAACGCGGCGGCCGACCUGGCCAAUUUCCUGGCCUGGCAUAUCCGCUGGGAGAUCUUCAUGGAUGUCGAUUUUCGGCCGCCAGCGAAGCUAUGGGUUUUCCAGACGCUGCUGCUAUUGGAGGUAUACGAGAAGAUCUACUCGACCCGGGCCCUGCAUGAGCGGGCUCAUAUUCACCACGACACGACGUUGACGCUGAUGCGUCGAGGGAGUUCCUUCUUGGGCCGCUCGGCCUACGAGACGCCGGCUAGUUUCCGCGAAGAGCGAGUCCUCCAUCAUCAUUAUCGAUCGACGACAAACUCAGUGUCAGAUCUUGGAGGCGACCGCGAAGAUCCGUGGUCGUACUGGAUCCGCACCGAAGCUACGCGACGGGUCGCAUUCGGGGCGUUUGUGAUGGAUUCCAUCCACGCAACAAUGUUUGGGCAUUCGGUGAAAAUGGUGGCGCACGAACUGCGCCUACCGCUUCCCUGCGACGAAGCGCUAUGGUCGGCAACCAGUGCUGCAGAAGUGUCGCGGAUGCAGAAUGUUCUGCAGUCCAACGGGGUCAAGCCAACCAUGUUUCUAGACGGGCUGAAGAAGACACUGACGGGGCAAAAAGUGCGCACCAACGGGUUCGGCCGCAUGAUUCUGAUGGCAGGUCUGCUCAGUGUCAGCUGGCAUAUGAACCAGCGAGACCUGCAAGUCAGCUCGCUGGGCGUGGCUCAAGUGCUCGGCGGGCGCGAUAGAUGGCGGUCAGCCUUGUUACGGGCUUUUGACAACUGGAAGCGCGAUUACGACGAUGCUCUCUCCGAGACCAACCAUAGUCCUCGGAUGUAUACCAAAAACAGUUCUAUGUUCUACCAACAACAACAUCAUUAUUUACCCUUGCACGUCGACGAAGACGAUACGUACGAGUCGCGUACGGUUCUACACCACUUGGCGCACAUGGCGGCGCAUGUUGAUAUUGUCGACUUUCAAGUGUUUGCCGGUGCUACGCGGCUGCUCAGUCGAUCGAUCACGCCCAAGGACUAUAGCACGGCUCGCGAGAAGAUGACCGAGCGAUGGGCUACGAAGGCAUCUGCGCGGGACGCAACAUUCUACGCGCUCAAGUUCCUGUGUCAUGUAUUGCUGCCGGCGAAUAUCAGCAGUAGUCUGAACAAAGGGCCAGGAUACUCGGCAUCGGAGGAUUUCCUCCUCCACCGCUCAUGGGUCGUCUACUAUUCGACGCUGGUUGUAUGGUCAUACGGCUAUGCAUUGGAAGGGCCGAUCCCGUCGCCGCCAGCGCUGGCCAGCGAGACGGAGCAGUUGCAGGACAUGCAGCGGUUUCUGCAGACGAUUGGCGCCGUGCGCGAGCCCAGCGAUCUGGAGCAUGUCAGCGGUCGGAACCAGUGCCUGGGCCUGCUGCUGCAUCUGCACUCGAGUUUCCGCGUUACGCGCUGGGAGCUGCUGCAUGAGGCGGCGACGCUGUUGGAGAAGUGCGUUGAGAAGCUGAGGAUGCCGGGGGGUUCGUAG